UGGCUACAGUCCAGCCCGGUUGACCCGGAAGGCCCCGCUGAGCCUGAAGGCCGGAAGGCAGAGUCAGUGGGCCUUGCCCUGUAGGACCCUCAGACGGGAAGCAGGAACUGGAGCCUGAGCUGAAGGCCAGACGGAAUUGCAGCGUGAGCCGGGAGCCCAGGCCAGACAGCGAUCGCGGUGUGAGCAGACCAGGUCCAGAUGCAAAGGCCCGCCAGGAUGCCCAUCAUGGCGAAAGACAUCAUGAAACUCCUGUGUGCCAUUUCUGAGCAGAGGAAAAUGAAGGCGGCUUUCAAACACUCGGGGAGGGGUGCACUGGUCACUGGGAUUGUGGCUUUUAUGGGAGCACUAGUCGGUGGCCCACCGGGACUAGCCGUUGGGGGAGCCGUGGGGGGUCUGUUAGGUGCCUGGAUGAGAAGCGGAGGGUUCAAGCCAGUUUCUCAGAUCUUAAUGCAGCUGCCGCGUGCCCAGCAGCAGACGCUCUUUAACGAAGCCACUGCCAUCAUCAGCCCCCUGAUGUUCACAGACGCCACGCAGCUGACCUCGCUGGUCAUGGGCAGCGAAGCCCUGCAGCUGCAGCUGAUGGGGAUGCUGGUCAACUUCCUCACCAAGGAGCUGGGAGCCGAGGUUCGAGUUACAGCUUGAGGGCCCAGCAGGAGGCGCAGCGGUGGCAGAACCCUCUAUGUGACGUGGAUUCCACAUAGAAGGUCCCAAGGUCAUGUCCCGGGACCUCCCUCUACAUUCAGGACUUACACCCUGUGGGGCCAUGGUCCAGGCUGGCUGAGGCUGGGUGGGACAUGGCAUGAGGACUUUGUUGGCUAUGUGCCCCCCCAUCAUGGACGAAAUCAGUGAAUCAACAAAAAUAAAACACUACAUCUCAAGUAAAUGUCAUCAAAUUACAAUAAAGUGUUUCCCUGAAAUGUCAUUUUCCCAUGAA